UUUUAUCCCUUGCGAGACAGUUUUAUUGACACUGAUUGUGUUUGCUGCUGUCCAUGUCAGAGAAUCCUACUAACUCCUCUGCCGAAAACUCCUGUCCAACAGUCCAAUGAUGACUUCUGUGCAGUGGUAUUUUGUAUCGGUACUGGCAUUUUGCACCACAAGCCCAGCUCUUGAAAUCAGCUCCAACAGGUCCUACUAUGAGGACAAAGGAUCAAACGUCACACUUGAUUGCAAGAACACACAUCCCUCUGACACCAUACUGAGCCUAGUGAAGUGGCAAUUUAUAUCGUCAACAAAUAAUCACAAUUUUUUUUUGUAUAAAGACCUAAGAAUUGAUGAUGAUAAGAAAAUCAGGAUUCACUUUACAUCUCUCCACCCCAACAAUGGAGACGCUUCCAUAAGUAUCAGCGACCUGCGUAUGUCAGAUGCUGGGACCUACCGGUGCUACCUGAUUGGCGAUAAUGAAGGAAUCGUGAAAACCAUGAAACUGAUAGUUAAGGAGAAGCUGAGCACACCGGUGUGUGCCGUGGAAGGAGAGCCCGUGGGGAGUAAUGACGUGACGCUCAAAUGCAAAUCGUCACAAGGCACUCCUCCGCUGAUGUACAGCUGGACAAAGACGAGUGGAAACCAGAAGAUGCCUCUUAGCGCCAUUGAAGACGCCACAGGAGGGAACUUGUUUGUAAAAAGGAUCUCAGAGGACAACUGUGGAAGCUAUCUCUGUACGGUGGAAAGUCUGCUUGAUACCAAACACUGUGAGAUCCUACUUAAGUGUCCAUCGUCAUCAUCGAACAAGAGCGAUGCAACCAACUUCAGUGAGAUCCUACUAACUUGUCCAGAGUCACCGCCGAUAACAAGCAAUGGAAAUAAAGUGAUUAUAGCAGUGGCUGUGACUGCCGUGCUUUUGCUGGCCAUUGUCUUCGUUCUCAGUUUUUGGUCCUUGAGGAAAAGAAAUCGUGGAGAGUUAGUGAUCAAUGAAACAGUGACUGAAUAGUUUUCCACUGAGAAAACUUUCCAACAAGGUGAAGGACAAGCAUUUUUCUGUAGUUUUUGUUCCUACAGGUACAUUCAUUUUAUGAUGAGGUAGGCGCUCUUGGAGGAUGACACCCUGUGGAAAAACCAUCCAUUUUCUAUAACAUUUAUCAUGCAACAUAAUUUGAGGUUAUGUACCCAUGAAGCACACAAGUUAGUCCUAUCUGUCCCUUUAAUGUACUCCUAAUCUCAACGUGUUACGUAGAUAAAAGACACCAAUAACCGAAACAAACCUAUUCACCACCACAGGCAAGACCAAACCUGUCAAAAGAUUAUAAAUCAUGAAUGGAAUAAAUAUAAAUGAACAGUCGUCCUCAGUAUGGAGCCCUAUGCAAGAUUUCCCCUGGUACAGUAAGGAUGAUUGUGACAAAGGUGAGGGAGCAGCCCCAAGUUUCAAGGGAGAAGCUGGUGCCAAUCUUAGGGAGUUAGCAGCACGGAUACCAAGAAAUACAUUGGAUUGGGAUCCUGCAGUGCCUGCACCACAAGGUCCUUGCUCAAGAAGACACAUGAACAGACCGGAUUAGGAUCCUGCAGUGCCUGCACCACAAGGUGCCUGCUCAAGAAGACACAUGAACAGACCUGAAGUUUGACAACACACAAAUGACUUGGACAUGGCUUUAAAGCUUUUCUCCACCAAGUACUGUGUGACGUUUUGCAGAACGCAUGAUUUAAUUCUUAAAGGCCUACUGAAAUGCGAUUUUCUUAUUUAAACGGGGGUAGCAGGUCCAUUCUAUGUGUCAUACUUGAUCAUUUCGCGAUAUUGCCAUAUUUUUGCUGAAAGGGUUUAGUAGAGAACAUCGACGAUAAUGUUGUCCCAGUUCUCCACAGGCCAAUGGUAAAGCUUGACUGUCAUCUUCCGGGAAUGUAAACAAUGAAACACCGGCCGUGUUUGUGUUGCUGAAGUCGGCCACAAUACACCGCUUCCUACCUACAGCUUUCUUCUUUGCUGUCUCCAUUGUUUAUUGAACAAAUUGCAAAAGAUUCACCAACACAGAUGUCCAGAAUACUUUGGAUUUUUGUGAUGAAAACAGACAACUUAAUAGCUGGCCACCAUGCUGUCCCAAAAUGUCCGCUACCAUCCGUGAUGUCACGCGCAGACGUCAUCAUACCGAGACGUUUUCAGCAGGAUAUUUCGCGCAAAAUUUAAAAUUGCACUUUAGUAAGCUAACGCGGCCGUAUUGGCAUGUGUUGCAAUGUUAAGAUUGCAUCACUACUACCGACUGCGUGGUCGGUAGUAGUGGGUUUCAGUAGGCCUUUAACCUUUAAUGUAUUAGGUUUUUAUUUACAUUCAUCAUUCUUUGUUAAAACUACAUUGGUAACAUUGAUAACUCAACUAAAGUGUGAAGUGAAUUAUAUUCAUAUAGCGCUUUUCUCUAGUGACUCAAAGCGCUUUACAUAGUGAAACCCAAUAUCUACGAGACUUUAACACGUGUGGGUGGCACUGGGAGCAGGUGGUCAUAGUGUCUCGCCCAAGGACACAACAACAGUGACUAGAAUGGCAGAAAGGCGGAUCAAACCUGGAACCAUCAAGUUACUGGCAUGUACUCUCCACCAACCUAGCCAUGCCGCCCCAACUACAAGUAAUUUAAGAUGUGAGCUGUCGCUCAGCUUAAUGUUUUGCUUUUAUGAGCAUUUUCAGCGGUUGAAGUAAUAUUUGUAAUAUAUGGUUGUGCCGUUUGAGCAAUAAAGAAUUUGUAUAUUGUUA